GUCGGGGGCUGGGGUCGGUGCCGGGCGGGAGCAGAAGGGUCGGAGAUGUCCCUGCCAGCGCUGGAGAGAGGAGAGAGUUUGGAGGGAGCAGUGGCUGCAACCGUAACUCUUUCUGUUGUAGGCAAUGGGUACAUGGACGGGAAGGAGCUACAAAACUUCAUCCAGGAGCUGCAGCAGGCGCGGAAGAAGGCAGGCUUGGAUUUAACACCUGAAAUGAAAGCUUUUGUGGACCAAUAUGGGAAGACUACUGAUGGAAAAAUAGGAAUAGUUGAGCUUGCUCAGAUAUUACCAACGGAAGAGAAUUUCCUGUUGUUCUUCAGAUGCCAGCAGCUGAAGUCAAGUGAAGACUUCAUGCAGACAUGGAGAAAAUAUGACAGUGACCACAGUGGCUUCAUUGAUUCUGAGGAACUUAAGAGCUUCUUGAAAGAUUUAUUACAGAAAGCAAAUAAGCAGAUUGAAGAUUCAAAGCUAACAGAAUACACAGAAAUAAUGCUCAGGAUGUUUGAUGCAAACAAUGAUGGAAAGUUGGAGCUUACUGAAUUGGCCAGAUUACUCCCUGUCCAGGAAAAUUUUCUUAUUAAAUUUCAGGGUGUCAAAAUGUGUGCAAAAGAAUUCAAUAAAGCCUUUGAGAUGUAUGAUCAAGAUGGCAAUGGCUAUAUAGAUGAACAUGAACUUGAUGCACUACUGAAGGACCUCUGUGAAAAGAACAAAAAGGAAUUAGACAUUAACAACCUUGCAACAUACAAGAAAAGCAUCAUGGCCUUGUCUGAUGGAGGAAAGCUUUACCGAGCAGAACUGGCUCUUAUUCUCUGUGCUGAGGAAAACUAGAACUCUUCUAUCAUGUCCACUUAACUAGUGAUGUACUCUAUCUACACAAUAACUGUGCACUAUAAGGGAGUAGGCUGUAUUUUUAAACUGCAUAUAGAAAAUUAGCCAGGAUGUGUGGCACAUUCCUUUCAGUAUGUUUCUAUACUGUUUGUAAUGUACAGUUUUUGUAACAAUAAGAUUGAUAAAGAGAAUGUCUAUGUUUGGGCCAGUCUGUAUAUUCAAAAAGAAACUAAAAUAUGUUGGGGUUGGUUUUGGUUUUGUUUGGGUUUUUUUGCUUUCAUAAACACAGCUGAAAAAAAUGAAACCUGCUGACAUUGUUGUGGUCAUCAUAUCCUUUGACACAUAACAUUUCUUGCUGAACUACAUAACAAAAAGGUCUACAGAUAUCUUUCCCCAUAACAACUAAAUGGUCUUUUUUAAAUGCAAAAGAUGAAUUCAGAUUAAGUAUGAUCUAGGUCUGAAAUAGGAAGGGGACACUGGCAUGUCUGAUUUCCAAAAUUCACCAAGGCACUAAGAAAUAUUUUCAGUCGUCAAACCACCCACUUACAGGUCUGUGCUCUCUGCAGUUUUUCAAUUACUCUUCUCAUUACGAACUCAUAGUAUAUAGACAAAGCAUUUAUCUGGGAUAGAUCUCCAUGCAGUAGUUGACAAAAUAGUGUUUUCAAUCUAGCUGUUUAACUUUACUGAAUUUAAACAUAGGCACUUCAGAAAUAACUGCCUUUAAUCUGUCUUGGAAUCCUGGCUAAAUGACAGGUAGUAUAGUUAAUACACAGAUUAACACAUGAUAUUAUAAGUGUACCUUUCAUGACUAUUGCUGUGUCAGAGAAUAUGACAAUCCAUUUUCUAAACUAUUUUCACAUUUUGCAGGUUAUAAUUAUUCUAGUAAAUUGCUGUUUUUACAUCAUAUUCUGUGUAAUCUAUAAUUAAAUUUAAUAUCCUAAGAUUGUUGGUGUCUAGUUUGUCUAUCUCCUGGAUUCUUUUUUCUGUACCCUUUAAAAGACUAAACUGUUUAAAAGAAAAUGUGCCUCCUUGGAUCUUACAGUGAAUUGCUAAUCUAUAAUAACAGUAUUAAAAUUUAACACUAAGUGAAGCAAAAGAUCUAGUAUAGAUUUUAUACCACUUUAGUAAUUUUGCUUACAUGGUGGGCUCUGCUUUUUAUUAUGCUAGAGAGGUAUUGUUUAAAUGGGAACUAUACUAUGGAAACAGCCCUAUCUUCUUGCAUCUUUUUUUUUUUUGGCCUGGCUUCCUUCUUACUUUGCACUGGCUUUAUGCCAAACAACUGAAUGUCUAGGCAUUGCUCCCAGUAUGUACUGGUGUAGGAAGGAAACUCUGCUGUGUCUUAAAGCCAAUAAGCCUAUAUUGCCUCCACAUACAACUGUUUGAGACACAAUUCCAGGUUAGCAGAUGAGCUAUAUACAAGUUGUCAGAUAUGUCUCUGUGUCUUAUUUAACAAGCAGAAGCAAAUGCAUUUUAUUUGAAAUGUGUCUCAAUGAGGCUCAGAUCCUUCAAGAUUACAGUCACUGAAUUUCCACUGAAAUGAAUCCUUGAAUUCCUCAGGUAAACUCAGGCAACUAAAUACAAUUUCAGGAAUGGCCUAAUGACCUUGGGCUCUCUCCAGUCUGAGCCUUGGAUAGUUAAGGAGUAGGUGGUGCCAGAUGGGAUCUUGCUGAAAAAAACACACACAAAAAAAGUAAAAUUAAGCUAGCUCAUUCUCACCGCUUUACUCCCACUCCAUGCACAGUGAUUUAGCUUCUCACCUGCUUGCUCUCCUUUUUUCUCCAUGCUAUGUGAAAUACAAUUGUGUACAUUAAGUGAAGGAACAGCGAAUCUGCCUAUCAGUACAAUAAAUGAUUGACAUUGUUCGUACUGUGCACUU